UUCCCUAAACAAAUUUAAUUGUAUGAAUUCUUUCAUAUUGAUAUUAUGUAAUGUAUGUUUUACACAGAUGACUUCUAACUAAUAAAGUAAUAACAUCAAUUUUUAAAACUGUGUUUUUGGAUAUUUUCCAGCUACAUCUCUCCUCUUAAAGACGACAAACCCUCGUUGUCUUAGCGAAGUGUUUACCAUCGCCAACGUUCACGCCUGCGAACCGCAUAUCAACUGGUGGGGUACAAAAGUGGUUUCGAUCUCAUGUCAGCUCCUUUAAACCAAAACUACAACCUUCGUGGAAAAUCUAAAAAGCCAGUGAAAGGACAAGAUGCAGAACUAUCAUCAAGUCUUGAUUCUUCCCUUGGGCUUAGUGACGUGAGUGUUACGUAACACCUUCAAUAGUGAUAUAUCGUUUGGAGAAGAGGACACCCUUAAUAACCAAUCUCGACAAGAUAUUCACGAUACAGUUCUGGUGGCAGAGCAAACACCAUCUGAAGAGGACGAGAUGUUUCUAAAUAUCCAGCUUCAACAUAUUGAAGGCAAGCCAGGUGAAUAUGCUGAAGAUUGGCUUGAGUCAUACGACAAUUACUGCACAGCAAUGAAAAUUGACAAUGGACGUAAGUGGAGUACUUUUGCUUUUAUGCUUAAGGGUCAUGCAUACAGCUGGUAUAAAGCCUUGCCAACUGACGUUAAAAACAAUCCAGAUGAAAUGAUGACACAAUUUAAGAACAGAUUCAAUGGGUCUGAUGGACUCCCACCUGAUACUGCAAUCUACAGCAUUAAACAAUAUGAACAUGAACCAGUGUGUGAUUACAUUACGCGCAUUACUGAUGCUUCAUGGCGUUCUAAAUUACAAUCAGAAACCAUUGCUCAUUUAGCUUCUGAGGGACUAGUUCCAGAAAUCCAGAAGAUGGUAAUGCCACAAUCUCUUAAAACAUUAGAAGAUGUCAGGAAAGCUGCUUUGGCUGCCGAGAGAUGUGUUUUAAGUGAAAAACGUGAAAUUAAGUCAGUGGCUUCUGCUGAAACGAAUAUUGAUCAAAUAACUGAUAAAGUGUGUGAACAAGUGAUUGCAGUACUUUCCUCAAAAUUCAAUGACACGUCAAUCAGUCAGCCACUGCAUCAGUUGUGGAGCAGACACCGUCAUCAAAACCAAAUGCUUAAUGAACAUUUGUCGCUGCAAUCUAACUACAACAUGCAACCUCCGCUGUACCAGCAACAGUACUGUCAGCCACAAAUGCAGAUGCCACAGCAGCAGAUCUACCCACAACAGAGCAGACCACAGCAGAACAAACAAGACAGACAGAAACCAUGUAGAAACUGUGGAGGGUUCUACGGGUCAAGAUGGCUGUUGACAUUGCUGGUUUUGGUGUUGGCGUUAGGCUGUAGUGAAGAAUCCUUGGUUGUUCAAAGGCUUAACUAUGGUGUGGUGUUUACAGAAACAACUGACCUUGUCAUUGCAUGUGAUAACUGGCUGCAUACCUUUGAAAUAUUGCUCCCCCAAAACCUAGAUAUGCCUUCUCUACCCCCUUGCAGAAGUAACAACCAGUCUUGCGUUAUUGUAACUCCUGUUCUGGCCCAGCUCAACAGUAUACGUACUGAAACUGCUUUACGAUUAAAUGACACUUUGAAUACCAUGUUGGAAUUGAUCCCGGAAACCAGAAUUCAUAAAUCCAGAAGUAAACGAACAUUACUACCUUUCAUUGGUGAUCUCACUAAAGGACUAUUUGGAACAGCCACAAUGGAAGAUGUGAAUAUUUUUCUUGCUAAACACAUGAACAAACUUGCCAAGAUGAACAUUGGUCUCUCAAAAGCUUUUGCUCAGCAUGAGGAUCAUAUAAGUUCUUUUAUUUCCUCUGCGGAUGAGAGAAUGGACAAUCUUUUAGCUGAAAUCAAAGAAAAUAUGUUAGCUAUUAAGUUUAUUCAAUCUGAUUUAUAUACAACCCAAACUAAUUUUGAACACGUAAUUGGUUAUUUAAUGGACAUUCUUAUUGAUGAAAUCAAAACUACCAGCAAACUGAAUAUUCAGUUAGAAGAGUUUAAAAUUGGCAUUUCGAACUUGGUUGAUGGUAAAUUGUCACCUUUUCUCAUUUCUGAGGACCUACUUCGAAAUACUUUAAAAGAUAUUCAAACUUUGUUGGAAACUAAAUAUACAGGAUUUCAUUUAGCAUUCAGAAAUAUUGCUGAUGUUUAUUCAAACUGCAAGCUUCUAUUUGCCCGAAAUGGUACCAACUUAUAUGUUACCUUAAAAUUGCCAAUUUCUCAUCUAGAAAAACCUUUGAAAUUGUUUAAGGUCAAAAGUGUACCAGUUCCAAUCAAUUCUACAUCUAAAGAUGCUACACAACUCCUUAACUUGCCAAAAUUCUUUGCAGUAUCUUCCAAUCAGCAACAUUACACAACCCUAGAUAGUUCUGAAUUAGAAGACUGCAAUGGUAAAACCACCAAAUUAUGUACUGGAAAUUUUGCAUUGUCACCUGUAACAUCUUCAUCUUGUAUACUGGCAUUAUAUGCAAAUGAUAAGGUGCAGAUUAAAUCACUCUGUAAUUUUAGAUAUGUUCAUGAUAUUGUAAAACCAAAAAUACUUGAGUUGUCACCAAACUCUUUGUUGCUGUACAGAACUCCACUUCUGUCUAUGGUCUGCCAUAAUCAACAUAAAAUGGUGACAGGCUGUGAUUUUUGUAUUUUCAGUCUUCCUUGUAGAUGUUCUGUUUCUACAAAUGAUUUUUACUUUAUUCCUAGGUUAGGUUCUUGCCAUAAAAGGGCUGAUAAUAUUACAGUUUUGCAUCCAGUAAACUUAGCCUUGCUUCAGCAUUUCUUUGAAACAGCAUUUGUUGACAAUAUUUUUGCUGAUACAACAUUUAAAACAGCAGUAAAUGUUAGUGUUCCAAAUCUAAACUUUUAUGAGCACCAAAUGUCUAAUAUUAUUGCAGCUGAUACCAAAGCUCAUCUGAGUUUACAGAAAAUGUCUGAUGUUGCUAAGAAAGAUGGCGUAAUAUUCAAAUCUCUAACUGAACCUUUAUUAGAUGGAGAAAUUGAAAUCAAUUCUAACUGGCCUACAACAUUUGACAUCAUUACCUAUUGUUUAGUUGGUGUAUCAACUGUUUUAAGCAUAUUACUUGUUUUGACAAUAUUGCGCGUACGCAAACUAUCUUUAGCAGUUGCAGUUCUGACACAAUCUAAAUCAUGUAAAGCAUUACAAACAACUGUUCCUUCAUUUAUUUACAAGCCUGUUGGUACAGACAAUAGUAAUAAUGAUGUACCAUUUACAGUUUCCCUGGAUUUAACAUGGGAACAUGCCAAUUUCAUAGUGUUGACUUUUAUUGUUGUAACUUUACUUGGUCUUUUGUACAAAUAUUUAAAGAACAGACACAGAGCUACACUUUGCCUAAAAGUGCAUUUUGAUUGAUGUAAUGCAAUUGCCACUGUGCCCAUUUAACCUUGACAUUCAGACACCAGAUAGUAUUACUUGUCUGGAUGUCAAAGGUUCAUGUUGCUCCCCUACUUUGUUUGUAUCAUGGCCAGACUUUACAAUUACAAACAAACUUAAUAACACAACUCUGCAUGUUGUUAGCACAAUUCCAGUGUCUUUGUAUGAAGCUGCAAUGCUACGGCAAAUUUUGAAACGAACCUUCAUUGUUCAGUUAUAUUCUAAACACCAAGGAACUAUGAUACCAUUGCAUAACUGGAUAAAUCAAGAGCUGGAUAUUUAGGUAUGACACCCUACAAUUGAAUAUAUAUGUACAUGCAUUUUGUUUCAUUUUAUUGCUUGUUUUAUAUCCAUACAUGUGUUGCAUAUAUGCAUUGAUUUUUUUUUCUUUUACGAUCGCCUGUAUAAACUGUAUAAUAUUA